AUGGAAAGCUUUUUUCGACUUCCACAACUCUCGCAUACUUUUUACCUUAUUUCAGAGGUCGCAAAGUCACUAAGAACAUACUUACUGUUGAACAAAAUUUGUCGUUUAACUGAGAGAUUUGAUUCACUAAGACGACAGAUUGUAUGCCGUAACUGUAAAGAGACAAGCUCUUUUCACCGCAACGGUAAUACACCUGGCAAUCCUCCUCAACCUACCUUUAUCUGCAAAUCCUGUGGUAAAGCCUAUAACGCACCUACCGUGGUUGAGAUUGUUGGUCUUAUUUCUACAGAAACGACCCCUCACUCUUCGGAUCACAACGCUAUAGAAAUUUCUAGAUAUGUGGACGAACAACCCGACAAUGUCAGUGAUGGAGCUUUAGACAUCGCUCAGUUACAAGCAACCAUUCAACAAUUAUAUACUGAAUUGAAACAAACUAAGAUUGAACUUCAGCAAGCACAUGCAGAAUUGUUGGUCAUGCCUACAACAAUCCUUGUUGGCUCCGCUCCGUCAUUCAAUGUGCCGCGCAUUCGUGGAUCAAAUUAUGGAGAAUGUCAACACAUCUUUAUCAGAAUUCAGCAUGGAAGAACUCUAUCAAUAGUUCUCUCGAAGAAUGCAAACCAAACAAGAACAAAGAUCGAAUGGAGUACCAAUACCGGUGGAAAUCCUUACCGAAUUGGAGAACAACACAGAGAUACAACUUCAAGAUAA